AUGCCCUCGAAAAUCAUUCUACGUAGUUCCAACAAGGAUUUGAUGCUCUUGGUAGGAAUUCUCUCACCACUUCAAAAAUGUGUUUCUGCCAUUCGAUUAUUGGCUUAUGGAGUGGCUGGUGAUGUUGUAGAUGAGUACGUGCGAAUAGCUGGAAAUACAUCACUACAAUGCUUGAAGAAUUUUUGUAAGUGUGUGAUUGAGGUUUUUGAACCUCAUUACUUAAGAAGGCCAACAGUUGAUGACACCCGACGUCUUCUUCAAAUUGGGGAAUCCCGCAGAUUUCCUGGUAUGCUUAGUAGUAUCGAUUGUAUGCAUUGGCAAUGGGAUAAAUGUCCCAUGGCAUGGCAAGGUCAAUAUACUGGGGGUCAUCAAGGUGUACCAACAAUGAUAUUAGAAGUUGUUGCUUCUUAUGAUUUAUGGAUUUGGCAUGCAUAUUUUGGUGUUGCAAGAUCUAACAAUGACAUUAAUGUCUUGGAUCGAUCCCCGGUAAUUGAUGAGUUGCUUGAAGGUCAAGGUCCCGAAAUCCAGUACACGAUAAAUGGAAGCACAUAUAAUAUUGGAUACUAUCUUGCGGAUGGUAUCUAUCCUGAAUGGCAUGUAUUCGUCAAAACCAUUCCUCGAGCAAACAUGCUAUCCGAGAAAAGAAAAAACAUCAAGAAGGUGCAAGGAAGGAUAUAG